ACCAGCGUCUCGUGGUGCGUGACGACACGCUGCGGGCAAUUCCCGGCUCGUCCUUCAUAAGCGGGCCGCAUUGGACCGUGAUGCCAGAAGCAGACCUCUUGGAGAAGACGUUGGGUGGCAACACGGAUUAACUCGGACAAAACCAGUACGCAAAGUGUCAACAAUGAAUCGGACGGGCUUUCUCGCUCUUGCGAUUUUCGCAUUUGUUGGAUACGCAUUCUGUGCUUCGACAGGCGAGACAGACUGCCAACGUCGUCGCCGCAACGAGCAGCGCGCCACAAGGAACCUGACUGGCCUCCUGGUCCCGGAAUGCGACGAACAAGGCAACUACAAAGCAAUUCAGUGUUUCGGCGAAGCUGUCAGAGGACGGCCCUUCUGUGCAUGCUACGACAACGAGUUCGGCCAGAUCAAGGGCCCUUCGAGGAGCCUGAAGUCAUGCAACUGCAUUAGGGACCACCACGAAUGGCAGCAGAGAUCAAGUUCUCAGAAGGGACCUGAGCCACUAUGCAAUGUCACCUCGGGAGAAUACAACGCGCUGCAGUGCGACGUCGACUCGCACUGGUGCGUGGAUACGGACUCCGGCCGACAGGAGGGUGAGAGGCAGCCUGGCGGCUGUUCUAGCAACCUGUCCGCUAUCUCUUGCGGAGUCGGCGGAACGCACCACGGUCACGGUGACUCUCACAGCGGCUCUUCCCACCAUGGCACCUCCAGCCACCAAGGCCGCUCUGGUUCGUCUCACCAGGGAAGCUCGGGUCACCACACCGGAGACUCAUCUCAUUCGGGCCACAACUGAAGCACUUUAACGAGUUACGGCACAACUUUCGCAAACGAAAAAAGGAACAGCUCAUUACUGCCACACGGUAUUCUGUGCUCCAAUAACGUCUGGUGCUCGUAAUAAACCAAAGAAACUGGUA